AUGUUUCUCUUGCUAACUUAUUCUUUUCAAAAUCCUUUCUUUCAUGGUUUUCUUUUUGCCAUUUUGUCUUUUAUUCUAUUCUUUCUUUUUGGAACAUUGGCACAUUUACCUUUUUUCAAUUCAGUAUUUAUUUUCCGCUUCCUCAAUAUUCAAAACCGGAUUAUAUAUAUUACUGUUCUUUCUUUUUUUACUAUCUAUCUAUCUAUCUAUCUAUCUAUCUAUCUAUCUAUCUAUCUAUCUAUCUAUCUAUCUAUCUAUAUUUCUCAUGUUGUCUUUUUCGUAUACAACGAGGUUGUACCGCUUCAGGUACGGCAUCAACUUCUAUUCGCAUUCUUACACAGCAUUUCUACAACCAUUCAAAUGGCUCCUGCACGAUUAACAUCCGCACGUCAGCAACUGAAGACCUCUAAUACCGUUAACGUUACACAUGCAGAACAGGCGACUGCAGAGGGCCCUUGGCACAUAUUCAGCUUCCCCAUCCACGAACGCUUCCCAGCAAUCGUCCAGCUUGCUGAGCACCUAGAAAACGACGAACUUCGUUAUUUUUCUACGGAUACAACAAUGGAUAUGGCUGCGCACGUGCCUUCAUACUACGUAUGGACAAAAAAGAACACCUGUGCUCGGCGGAAGUGCGUGGCCAGCGUCGAGGGCUAUCCAGGCGUCAAAGAAGACGCCACAUUCGGAAGGGUAUUCACGGUUCCCCCAUCGCGACAGGAAUGUUUUUACUUGCGACUUCUUUUGCACGAAUUCUUAUUUUCUCCUCCUCCUCCUCCUCCUCCUUCUUCUUCUUCUUCUUCUUCUUCUUCUUCUUCUUCUUCUUCUUCUCAAUCCUUCUUUGCCUCUAUACCCUCCACUGAUUUUUUUCAUCUUCUCCACUUCUUUUCUCACUACUCUGAAUACGUCACAACACUCUUUGUCAAAGUCUCACUACUCUGCAUACGUCACAACACUCUCUGCCAAAGUCUCACUCCUCUGCAUACGUCACAACACUCUCUGUCAAAGUCUCAACACUCUCUGUCUCUGUCAAAGUCUCACGUCACAACACUCUGCAUACGUCACAAAGUCUCACUCUCUGCAAACGUCUCACUCUCUGUCAAAGUCUCACUACUCUGCAUACGUCACAACUCUGCCAAAGUUUCUCUGCAUACGUCACACUCUUUGAACACGAAUACGUCACAACAAAGUCUCACUCUGUACGUCAAACACUCUUGCAAAGUUUCACUCCUGUGCAUACGUCACAACACAAAGUCUCACUCUUUGCCAAAAGUCUCACUCCUCUGCAUACGUCCCAACACUCUCUUCCAAAGUCUCACUACUACGUCACAACACUCUCUGCCAAGGUACGUCACAUACGUCACAACUCUCUGCAAAGUCUCACUACACCUGCUCGUCCCAACACUCUCUGCCAAAGUAUCACUACUCUGCAUGCACUACUCUGCAUACGUCACAACACUCUCUGCCAAAGUCUCAACCAUACGUCCCAACACUUUGCCAAAGUCUCACCUCCUCCCAACACUCUGCAAAGUCUCACGUCUGCAUACGUCACAACACUCUCUGCCGAAAGCAUCUCCCACUCUCUGCCAAAGUCUCACUACUCUGCAUACGUCCAACACUCUCUGUCAAAGUCUCACUCCUGCUCUGCACGUCAUAACACUCUCAAGUCUCACUACUCUGCAUACGUCACAACACUCUCUGCCGAAGUCUCACUACUCUGCAUACGUCACAACACUCUCUGCCGAAGUCUCACUACACUGCAUACGUCCCAGCACUCUCUGCCAAAGUCUCACUACACUGCAUACGUCCCAACACUCUCUGCCAAAGUCUCACUACUCUGCAUACGUCACAACUCUCUCUGCCAAAGUCUCACUACUCUGCAUACGUCACAACACUCUCUGCCAAAGUCUCACUACUCUGCAUACGUCACAACACUCUCUGCCAAACAUGACCAAAGACGUUUUCCGAGCGACUUCGCCUGCCAAAUGUCAGUCACAAUGGUGUCAACUCAGAACAUUAUUUUCAGCCUCUUUUUCGCCAGGACCUCCCCAGUUGCUGAUUUUAUACAAAUCUUACAUCCAUAAUAAAUCGACUACGGUGUGA